AUGGACUCCAGCGCGGGGGAAUAUGGCAUGGCUCGUCUUGGAUUGUUUUUGGUUUUGAUGGGGCUGUGGAGAUUUAGCGAUGCUUGCCCCACAUCCUGCACUUGCAGCAUCUCAAGGAUUGUUUGUAUUGAUUCCGUGCCGGGGAUCGAGGAUUUCCCUGUCCUCAUGUUGGAUGACAUGGAGAACAUCACCGAGAUAUACAUUGCUAAUCAAAACAGACUGUAUGAAAUCAAUGACAACAGUUUGAGUCACUACAUAAACCUCAGAAACCUAACAGUGAUGAAGACCAGAUUGACAUCUAUAUCAGCAGAUGCAUUCUACAACAAUACAAGACUUCAAUAUGUAAAUCUCAGAGACAAUAACCUAACGACACUGUCAUGGAAGACAUUUCAGAGCUUUAACGUAUCCUAUUCGCUCCUCCUGUAUGGAAACCCUCUCGUUUGUGUUUGUGAGAACUUGUGGAUAAAAAUGAGGCUCCUAGAAGAUCCUGAUAGUCAAGACCUGAAAUGCAUAGACAAAAGAGGAGCACUAAGGACCUUUACCACCCUAACCCCACCAGAUUGUGUGGUUCCCCAAGUGGAGGUCAGGCCCACAGUUGUGACUGAGAUGGAGGGGAGUGAUGUUAAAGCUGAGUGCAGUGCCUCAGGCUCCCCUCCUCCUGAGAUCCGGUGGAAUCUUGAUAUGAUGGCUACCCUGUUCGAGAUUGAUCCUUUGGAUAGCAGUCUCACCUUGUCAGGCCUGUCUCCUGAUGAUAAUGGCAGGGUGAUCAUAUGCAGUGCUGAGAACAUGGUCGGUCAGAUGGAGGCCACCCUUCAGCUGAAUAUUCUCUUUGCCCCCACCAUCCAGGAGCUGCUGGAGCCAAAGCGGGACCACCACUGGUGCAUUCCAUUCAGUGUGAAAGGGAACCCCAAGCCUGUCCUGCAGUGGUACCACGAGAACGUGGCUCUCCUGGAGCAGGACUAUAUUCGCACCAUGAUCCACGAUUCCACCGAGAGUGAGUACCACGGCUGCCUGCAACUGGUGAACCCCACACACAUCCACAAUGGUGUGUACAAGCUGGUGGCAACGAAUGACUACGGCCAGGAUGAGAAGAAGGUCGCUGCCCAGUUCAUCGACCCGCCUUACAAUCAUACAGGUCUGAAUAAGAUGUCUUUUUACAGGGUUCAUUCAGUGGAGCCACCACUCCCACCACCGGAGGACAGCGUUGCAGUGUAUGUAGUUGUGGGAAUCGCAGGGGUUGCUUUGACCGGCUGCGUUCUGAUGGUGAUCAUUCUGAAAUAUGGAAGAAACUCUAAAUUUGGUAUUAAAGGCUCCUCCUCAGUCAUCAGUAAUGACGAUGACUCCGCCAGCCCUCUUCAUCACGUCUCCAAUGGCAACAACACCCCGUCGUCAUCGGAGAUGGGUCCAGACGCAGUGAUUAUUGGGAUGACAAAGAUUCCUGUCAUUGAGAACCCACAGUACUUCCGUAACUCUGGCAGCAUGCUGAAAUCUGACACGUUUGUCCAGCACAUCAAGAGACACAACAUUGUACUGAAGAGGGAACUGGGGGAAGGAGCCUUUGGGAAGGUCUUUCUGGCUGAGUGCUACAACCUGACACCAGACCAGGAGAAGCUCCAUGUGGCAGUCAAGACUCUGAAAGAGGCCAGUGAGAGUGGCCGGGCGGACUUCUACAGAGAGGCAGAGCUUCUCACCAACCUGCAACACGAGCACAUUGUCACCUUCUACGGAGUGUGUGUGGAGAGCGACCCGCUCAUCAUGGUGUUUGAAUAUAUGAAACAUGGUGACUUAAACAAGUUCCUCAGGUCCCACGGUCCUGAUGCUGUGCUAAUGGCAGACGGUCAACACAGCAUCCUGGUGGAGCUCACCCAGUCCCAGAUGCUGCACAUUGCCCAACAGAUUGCUGCUGGCAUGGUCUACCUGGCCUCUCAGCACUUUGUACACAGAGACUUGGCUACCAGGAACUGCCUGGUAGGAGAAAACCUGCUGGUCAAGAUAGGAGACUUUGGCAUGUCCAGAGAUGUUUACAGCACAGACUACUAUAGAGUGGGCGGUCAUACGAUGCUGCCAAUCCGCUGGAUGCCCCCAGAGAGCAUCAUGUACCGGCGGUUCACCACAGAGAGUGACGUGUGGAGCCUUGGCGUGGUGCUGUGGGAGAUCUUCACCUACGGCAAGCAACCCUGGUACCAGCUGUCCAACAAUGAGGUGAUUGAAUGCAUCACCCAGGGCCGUGUGCUGCAGCGGCCUCGCACCUGUCCUAAAGAAGUGUACGACCUGAUGCUGGGCUGCUGGCAGAGGGAGCCUUACAUGAGGCUGAACAUCAAGGAGAUCCACAGCAUGCUCCAGAGCCUCGCUAAGGCCUCCCCUGUGUACCUGGACAUACUGGGCUGA